AUGUCGAUAUUUCCUUCCCAACAACAACGACAACUCUUGACCGACCUCAUCAACUGUACUCACAACAAAAACAUCCUCAAAGGUCGUACACUCCACGCACGCAUCCUCAAAAACGGUUCCCUCUCUUCCAUUUACAUAGCCAACACUCUCUUCAUUCUCUACGCCAAAUCCAAUCACUUAUCACAGGCUUUCACUCUCUUCAAUUCCAUCGACGACAAUCACAAAGACGUCGUUUCAUGGAACUCCCUCAUCAACGCUUUCUCCCAACACCAUUCCCCUUCAUCUUACUCCUUCGCUAUAAACCUCUUUCGUCGUAUGAUGCGAACCAACAACAACGUCACCCCUAAUGCACACACUCUCGCCGGAGUUUUCUCCGCUGCUUCUAAUCUAUAUGAUGUAGCUGCUGGCAGACAAGCUCAUUCUGUUGCUGUGAAAACAGCUUGCUUGGACGAUGUUUAUGUUGGGAGUUCUUUGCUUAAUAUGUAUUGUAAGACGGGUUUUGUUUUUGAUGCUCGGAAACUGUUUGAUAGAAUGCCUGAAAGAAAUACUGUUUCUUGGGCUACUAUCAUAUCUGGGUAUGCUUCUGUUGGUCUUGCUGAUAAGGCGGUUGAGGUGUUUGAACUUAUGAGACGUGAGGAAGAGGUUGAGAAUGAGUUUGCUGUUACUAGUGUUCUUAGCGCGAUGACGAGUUGUGAGUUUGUGGGGACUGGUAGGCAGGUUCAUUCGCUUGCGGUUAAAAACGGGUUGAUUUGUAUUGUCUCGGUUGCGAAUGCUCUUGUGACGAUGUAUGCUAAGUGUGAUAGGCUUGAUGAUGCAGUUAGGACUUUUGAAUUUUCGGGGGAUAAGAAUUCUAUUACCUGGUCGGCUAUGGUUACUGGUUAUGUGCAUAGUGGGGAUUGUGAUAAAGCUUUGAUACUUUUUAAUAGAAUGCAUUCUUCAGGAGUGUUGCCUUCUGAGUUUACUUUAGUUGGGGUGGUUAAUGCUUGUAGUGACCUUUGUGCUGUUGUGGAAGGGAAACAGAUGCAUGGUUUUGCCUUCAAGCUGGGAUUUGGAUUGCAGUUGUAUGUUUUGUCUGCUUUGGUGGAUAUGUAUGCAAAAUGUGGUAACUUAACGGAUGCUUGUAAGGGUUUUGAGUGUAUACAGCAACCUGAUGUUGUUCUUUGGACUUCUAUCAUAACGGGGUAUGUGCAAAAUGGGGAUUACGAAGGGGGUCUCAAUCUGUAUGGGAAAAUGCAGAUGGAGAGAGUUAUCCCUAAUGAACUAACGACGGCAAGUGUCCUAAGAGCUUGUUCCAGCCUAGCUGCUUUAGACCAGGGAAAGCAAAUGCAUGCCCGGAUUAUUAAAUAUGGUUUCACGUUGGAAGUUCCGAUUGGAAGUGCUCUUUCUGCUAUGUAUUCAAAGUGUGGAAGCCUAGAUGAUGGGUACCUUAUUUUUUGGAGGAUGCCUGCCAGAGAUGUAAUUUCGUGGAAUGCAAUGAUAUCUGGACUUUCUCAAAACGGUCAUGGUAACAAAGCCUUGGAGCUGUUUCAGAAGAUGUUGUUGGAGGGAAUAGAGCCUGAUCCAGUCACGUUUGUAAAUCUUCUAUCUGCUUGUAGUCAUAUGGGACUGGUGGACAAAGGCUGGUAUUAUUUCAUGCUGAUGUUUGAUGAGUUUAACAUUGCUCCAACGGUAGAGCAUUACGCUUGCAUGGUUGACAUCUUGAGCCGUGCUGGUAAGCUCAAUGAAGCUAAAGAGUUCAUUGAAUCUGCAACGGUUGAUCACGGUUUGUGUUUGUGGCGCAUAUUAUUAGGAGCUUGUAAGAACCAUCGUAACUACGAAAUUGGUACUUAUGCUGGAGAGAAACUAAUGGAGCUAGGGUCACCGGAGUCAUCUGCUUAUGUAUUGUUAUCAAGUAUAUAUACAGCCUUAGGAGAGUGGGAAAAUGUGGAACGUGUCCGGAGAAUGAUGAAAGCCAGAGGGGUGAAUAAAGAGCCUGGCUGUAGCUGGAUUGAGUUAAAGAGUUUGGUUCAUGUGUUUGUUGUUGGAGACAAUAUGCACCCGCAUAUUGAUGAAAUACGGUCAGAAUUAAGGUUGUUAACCAAAUUGAUGAAAGAUGAAGGAUAUGAACCUCUUUCGGAUUCAUUGCCUGAAACUGUUUUUUAG